AUGAUCCUUAAAGAGACCACCCGGCUGGAGCUGCCAGCGGCGGCCGACAUGCACGUCCACCUUCGCCAAGGCAAGAUGAUGGAAUUGGUUGUGCCGGAGAUUCGUAAAGGAGGCGUCGAUACCGUUUUUGUUAUGCCCAACCUGGUCCCUCCCGUUACCAGCGUUGCACAGGCGCUGGAGUACAAGGCCCAGUUGCAGGCCAUUGAGCCGAAUCCUUUGCUGACUGGCCCUUACCAAUCUGUUACCCCCGAGACCAUCAGAGAAGCCGCCGCGGCUGGUAUCACCGGUGUCAAGGUGUAUCCCCAGGGCGUCACCACCAACUCCGCGGCCGGCGUACGCGACUACGACGAGUUCUUCCCCGUCUUCGCGGAGAUGGAAAAGCACGACAUGGUCCUCAACCUGCACGGUGAGGUCCCCGGCUCGCCCGGCUCGGACAUCAACGACAUGAACGCUGAAGAAAAGUUCCUCCCCACCCUCAAGAUGCUCAAUGAGAAGUUCCCCAAGCUGCGCAUCAUCCUCGAGCACUGCAGUACCGAGGCGGCCCUGGAGGCUGUCCGCUCCUGCUCUUCUUCUGUUGCGGCGACCAUCACCGCCCACCACCUGUAUCUCACCCACCACAGCUGCUCGAACCCGCUGGCCUUCUGCAAGCCCCUCCCCAAGACCUCCAAGGACCGCGAUGCGCUCCUCCGCGCGGUCUGCAGCGGCGACCCCAAGUUCUUCUUUGGAAGCGACAGCGCCCCCCACCCGCGUCUCGCCAAGCAAGGUGGCGCCGAGGGAACGGCCAAACCGCCUGCGGGAGUUUUUACGCAACCGUGCGUUGUGCAGUAUGUGCUUCUGGCGCUGGAGGAGGGCGUCGAGCGGGGCGUCAUCGCCAACGAUGAUAUCACCCAGGAGAAGCUGGCGAAUUUCCUCAGUGUGUAUGGACGCCGGUUUUACAAGUUGCCCGAGGCGAAGGAUCAGAUUGUCUUGGAGCGGAAGGGGGAAGUCAUUCCUGACAGUGUGAAGAGUGAGGAUGGGAGCGUGGAGGUGGCGUUGUCCCGGGGGGGAGAUGAGGUGUUUAGUCUGACGUGGAAGAGCUCGUAG